AUGGCCACCGGACCGCCACCGAACUACUACGCCAUCCUUGAAAUCCAAGAGUCCGCAAACACUCAGCAAGUCAGAGAUGCCUACAAACGGGCCGCUCUCAAGACCCACCCGGACCGCGUCCCAGCCGACUCUCCGGAGCGGCCCUCGCGCACCCGCAAGUUCCAGCUCGUGAACGACGCCUACUACACUCUAUCCGACCCCACAAGGCGCAGGGAAUACGACAGCCAGCGAAAGUUCUACGGCGGCGGCGCCUCGACCUCCGCCGGCGCUGACCCCUUCGGCGAAACAGGCAACGCGAGUGACACCGGCGCCGGGCAGUCUGCCUACAACUGGGCGUGGAACUUCUUCACCCAGCAGGCGGGGAAUCAGCAGCAGCAGCAGCAGGCAGGGCAGGCACAGCAGGAAGCCGAGAACGCGCAGUUUGGCGAUGUCUUCGAGGAGAUGCUACGCGAGCAGGGCAUGGCGGAGCCGAACGGAACUGCCAACAACCGGUUCUGGGGCUUGUUGGGAGGCGCGAGUGGUGGCGCCCUCGGUUUCAUCGUCGCCAACGUCCCAGGUCUCCUGGCGGGUGCGGUAGCUGGGAACAGGCUGGGUGCGAUCCGCGAUACACAAGGAAAGAGCGUGUACGCUGUUUUCCAGCCUGGUGUCGUCACCUUCGUCAAGGUGAACACGGAGAAGCAGAAGGACAUCGCCGCCGCCUACCGAGUCUCGAGCAUCCCCACAUUCAUCAUGUUCCGCGACGGCAACAAGAUCGACGAAGUCAAGGGCGCAGACCCGACGAAGCUACAGUCUAUCAUCGAGAAGCUGACCUCUGAGAUCCAGAGCGUCGCCAGCGGUAGCGGCUCUGCCGGCAGCAGCAGCGGGGGCGGAAACUCAGCCCUCGGCUGGCGGGGCGCUGAGCUCCCCAGGGGCUACUUAGACGUAACGGAUCAGGUUGAGGUACAGAGGGCCGAGCUCCUGAACUUCGACGAGGAAUUUGGCAGUGUGCGCACGCUUCUCGACUCGUCGAAGCCAGGCAGUCUGAGCGGUGACAAGAAGACAGAGAAGGACUGGGUCGUCAGCGAUACUGACGAGCAACUGCUGCUCUUCGUGCCAUUCAUGUCCAUGCUGAAGCUGCACACCCUCCAGAUCACUUCCGCUGCCGAUGAAGACGAGGAUGUCGACCGACCCAAGGUCAUUAAGCUCUUCACAAACAGACCACACAAUCUUGGUUUCGACGACGCUGAGGGCGAGACCCCUACUCAGCUGAUCGAGCUCGGCGAGAAGGACUGGAACGCCGAGGGAACGGCCAACAUCCCACUGCGUUUCGUCAAAUUCCAGAACAUCAACAGCUUGGUGUUAUUCGUCGAAUCCGGGGACGGCGACGGCGAGAAGACGCGCAUCGACCGCAUCAGGCUGAUUGGUGAGACGGGCGAGAAACGGGACAUGGGCAAGCUGGAAAAGAUAGGAGACGAUGGUGCUUGA